GUCCUGCUGGGUGCUCCAGCUGAUGUUACCUGGCUCCUGUCUGGAGAUGUCAGCUGGAAGCAGAGCCAGACACCUGCUUUGGUGGGGAGCUGCAGGGCAAGCUAAGGAUAAGGCUGUACCUUCGUCAAGACUUCACCACCCUCCUCUGAGUGGCAGUAGUUAUUCCCUUGCCCUUAAAGCAGAGAGUUUACAGCUCCUCCCCACCUCCUGCAGGUGGGAUCACACCUCUGGGUCCUGCUGGCCUGCAGAGAGGCUGGUUGAAACUCCCACUUCACAGCCAGGCACUGUCAGCUCUGACCCUCUGCACUUUGGAACCUGCUUUAGUAUUGUCUGAGGAGCAGGGAGAACGUGUGAUCAGGAGAGUCCUCCUGCUGCCACCUGCUCCACGUAGCUCCCAGGCUCUCUGGCCAUGUCUGAGCUCUACCAGGACAAACCGGAGACAGGAAAAACACUUGGAGAGAUCUGCCUGGACUCUGGCAUCAGGUGCUGCCAACGCCCCGAUCCUGCUGCAGAGCCGCCACCCUCGCCAGCCUUCCUCCUCCUCCUCCUCCUCCUGCUGCUGCUGCUGCCCUCGAGGGCCUGGAGCAGCCGGCUGAGCUCUGCGUGCAGCCAGAGGAGCCCGGGCCCGUCCUGCAGCGCCAUGGCCGGGAACACCGAGAUGGCAUCCCUGGAAGAGAGCUUCCGCAAAUUCGCCAUCUACGGCGACACCAAGGCCACGGGGCAGGAGAUGAACGGCAAGAACUGGGCUAAGCUGUGCAAGGACUGCAAAGUCAGCGACGGCAAAAGCGUCACCAGCACCGACGUGGACAUUGUCUUCUCCAAGGUGAAAGGGAAGACAGCCCGUGUCAUCAACUACGAGGAGUUCAAGAAGGCUCUGGAGGAGCUGGCCCCCAAGAGGUUUAAGGACAAGAGCAAAGAGGAGGCGUACGAAGCCAUCUGCCAGCUGGUGGCAGGGAAGGAGCCCAUCAACGUGGGCGUCACGAAAGCCAAGACAGUAGGAGCCGUGGAGAGGCUGACGGACACCUCCAAGUACACGGGCUCCCACAAGGAGCGCUUCGACGAGAGCGGCAAGGGCAAGGGCAAGAGCGGCCGGGAGAACAUCGUGGACACCAGCGGCUACGUCAGUGCCUACAAGAACGCGGGCACCUACGACGCCAAAGUCAAAAAGUAGGGACGGGUGCCCGUGUGCCCCCCGCCCCGGUCCCUGCGCGCCGGCCGCGGGUCGGAGCCCAGCCCUGGGAGUGCCCUGAGCCGGGGGGCUGCGCCGGGGCUGGCGGGAUGUCGGUGCCCAGCCUGGGGGCACCGGGGAAGUCGCCGGGCCGCGAUCUCUGCCCCGGCGCCGCGCCCGUCCCCCCGUGCUGUGAUCCCCCGCCCCGCCCGUGUCCCCCGUGCUGUCACCCAGCCCCUCACCGCACUAACAGCACUGCUCCUCAGGGCUCCCCGGCGCCCAGACCUUCCCUACCUCAGCCCCGGCUUUCGGGGCACCUCCCUGGUCCCCCCGGGACCGCCGCCUGUGCUCCCCUCGGGGACCUGCCUUAACCCCGCGCCAGUGUCACCGCAGCCGCCCCCGUCCCUCCCGCCCGUGCCCUCCCCGCGGGGCUCUGCUCUUGCCCAGCCCUCGAGGCUCGGACCCUGCGGUGCCGGAGCUGCCAGGAUGCUCCUGGCCCAGCCCCGGGAGAGUUUGGUGUCGCUUGGCCACGGGCAAAGGUCUCCGAGCCGAACCCCCGUGGCCCCCGCUCCCUUCGUGAAGGCCGAACCAAAGGAUGCUGCAGGCCCGCGCUGUAACCCGGCUCUGCAAUAAACCCCGUCCGCACUGAGCUCCGCUCUCCUUCUGUUCGCGGCCGGGCAGCCGCUCUGCCCCGGGCCUGGCCCGGGCCACCGAGGGUUUUGGCAGCUCCUGGCUGGCCCUGGUUGCCUGAGCAACCGCAGGCACACAAACACGAGCGCCUGGCUGCCGCUCCUGCUGUGUUUGCAACCAAACACUGGAGCUCCUGGUAACGAUCCCUGGAGCAGGCCGGGCUCCGGGGCAGGCCGGUCCCUGCGUGAAACCGGCUGUGGGGGCUGUCACCCCGUCCCAGGCACGGGCUGAGCCUGCUGCAGGGCUGCUGCGGUGGCAUGCCGGGGUCUGCAGCUGCACAUCCACCUCCAGGGUCAGCACCCAGAGCCAGGCUCCCUAAAUAACCACGGGGUCAUUCCAGGUGCCUCAGCCGUGGCACUGGCACUGCUCGGGGCGUGAGGGAUGUGUCAGGGGCUGGGACAGGCUCACUCACUGCCAUGGCACAGCACUGCACCUCUGCAUCCCAGACACCUGCUUUGGCAAACACAGAAGGAAGAGGUUGUCUGGCUGUCUUCUUCCUGCUGGAUUCAGCCCCAUCCCCAGGGAGGGUGUACCUGUGGUGGGCUGGGGGAUGUUAACUCUCCUUUCUCCUCUGAGUGGGUUGGAGGGAGUUUGUGGCUCUCUGUCCCUAAAGGCUCUUUAUGAACAUCCAAACUCCCUCGAAAGAACUUGCUUAUGGAGGGAGAGGCAAAGGCACUUUAACCCUUUGCUGCCUCCAUUGCCCAGCUGCACAAAUGAGCUGCAGAAUUCCCAGGGCCAGGCUGCCCUGCAUGCCUUGAGGUCUGUGGAGGUGACUCAGCCCUGUCCUUGGAGUCUUGGCAAAGGAAGAGUAUUUUGGGAAGAGGUGAGCAGGUCAGGCCCCACAGGACUCAUCCCCUGCCUGUGUGUGGUUCUGGUGUGGAGCACAGGAGCUCCCACGUGGGGACAGCCCUGCAGGGUUGCAGGUGUUGACGUGUUUCUGAUACAGGGAAAUCAAGCCUGGGAAUCACAGAAUCCUCGAAUUAUUUGGGGUGGAAGGUGCCUUAAAGACCAUCUCAUUGCAGCCCUCACACCAUGAGCAGGGACACCCUGUUGUUCCAAGCCCUGUCCAACCUGGCUGUGAGUGUUUCCAAGGAAUGGAGCAUCCACACUUCUGUGGCCAGCCUGUGCCAGAGCCUUCCAACCCUGCUGCUGAGGUGAUGCCACUGCUGCAGAGGUGCUGGCUCAUCCAAGGCAGGACUGCAGGAUGUCCCAGGACAGCCAGCUCCAGCAGCCAGCCUCUCCCUCCUCUGCAUCCUGAACAGAAGCAGCUUCUCCACAGCCUGUGGAGCCCCUGCAGAGCUCAGGUAAGAGCUCACAGCUCCCACAGCUCCCACCUGCUGCCACGCCCUGCAUAAAGAUGCUCCUCCUCACCCACUCCAGUGCCUCUUCAAGUCCUUCACUGCUUUCUCCACAGUUUACACAGAAUUUCCCCCGUCCAGCCUUCUUGGUUCUCAAGGAGGCAGCUCCAGCACCCUGUUCCCAGCGUGGAAAAGGCAUCUCAUGCCAAAGCAGCCCCAGGAGAAUUUGUGCCAGUAAAAAUUGGCUGGAUCUGUUGGCUGCAAAGUGCCCCAGAUCAGCCUGAAAAAAUCAUGUCCUCUGAGGUGAUGGGAACAGCUUUCUGGGAAGAGUAAGAUCUUGAUCUGGGUCUUCACCAAAAAGGGGAAUCUUACUGAAUUCCAGUGUAAUGAUCUCCUGUGUGUGCAUGUCCAGGGCUCCCCUGUUCAUCCCUGCAGGAGGGUCUGAACGCCCUUCAGAAACAGCACCUGCAGUGCUGUGGCUGUGGCCUGGUUACAGACACCUCCCACUGCUCCUCAAAGUGGUCAAAUCCAGGUGGAGACACAGGCAGGUGCAAGGAAUAUUGCCUUUAAACUCCUGAGCAGCGUGGGCAGGAAAGCAGAGGUUCCUGGAGUGGCUGGCAGUGGGGCACAGACUGACAAGGAGAGGCUGAGCUGGAUUGCUCAGCACUCCAGAAGACCAAAACCUGAAGAAACUUCCACAGGAGCAGCAGCUCCAGCUCUUUCCCCAGCGGAGCUUGAAGUGGUGCCACAGGCUGCUGGGACCCUGCAGAUCUGCUCUGUGUGAUGGAAAGUGACACUGCCCCACGCAAGGGCCUGCAGCCAUUCCUCAUGCUAAUGACCUCCCCUGGCCAAGCAUCUGCUCUGAGCUUGGCUCCCCACCAGCCCCAGACAGACACUGCAGCCAGCCUGCAGUUCCCUGGCAGCAGAGGAGCCAGCAGCAGGCUGUCCCAGCCAGGGUUUGUGCUGUGUGCACUGGUCCAAGCUCCAGACAUGAAGAUAUUUUCUCCUUCCCACUUGUCUCUCCCCUUGGUCAUGCUCUGGCCACGCUCCCACAGUGGAGAGAUGUGCCAGAUCUUGUCCCCUGUGGUGCCCUGCCACCUCCUCUGGGUUUUGGACAAACCCAGACUCUUACAAGGUGAUGUCUGAUGCAGCCCAGAAGGAUCAGGUGGGUGGUUGCAAUUAAUUUAGCUGUAAAAUGUGUUUUCUGCCCCAAGGUCUCUUCCCUAGAGAGCAUCUAAAAUGGUCUGGGCUCAUGGCUAACGUGCUUCAUGCUUUGACAGCAAGUUGUGUGCUGGGGAUGAGGGAGCUGGCUCCUCUGGGAGGUCAUUUCUCUCUAGGAUGAACAAUUGGACCAGAAAUACCGAUGAGGAUGGAUCACUCUGGCCCUCAAGGCUAUAGAUGUGUUCCUAGAAGAGGGAAAUAAUGGAUACCAAUAUGCCCAGGGGGUUUUACCCUUUCUGUCCCUGUGCAGGAUCACCAAGAAGAGCUCAUAUGUUGUCCACACAUCUUCUCCCCAGGGAGCAUCCCUCCUCAGGGGGCACUGUGCUGGUGCACAGCAGGGCCUGGCAAACACCUCCCUGUGGAGCUGUACCUGCCCUGCUUCCUCAGUACUUUUCCAUUUCACUGCUAGCCUGAUGGACAGUGAUUCCAGAACACCCAGACAAGGCUGUAAAUCGUGUUCAGACAAGAUGCAGAGUGCAGCUUCUGUCACCCAAACCCAACACUUGAAUUCCAGCUCCUCCUGAGACUGCUGUGGCCACGUGUGCUCCAGGCAAUGCUCACUGCCAGCCACGUGCUCCAGCACUGAGCUGCAAUAUUGAUUCAGUGCCCUCUCAGAUGGAAUUCAAUUAACUAAAUUACCAUCUUCCCAGCAUGGCGUGGUUCCAGAUAAAAUGUUAUUAUCCAGGACCCAUCCCUGCAUUUUGUUAAUGUAAUAACUGCAGCAGAGUUGUGGGAACACAGCAGGAGAUGGAAGCAGGAAGAUGCAGAGGAAGAAAACAAAAGGCAAGGAUUGGAUUCACCAGAUUUAAAUACAACAGGAGAUACCAUGCAAGGUGAAACUGGACGUGGUCCAUAUUUAAUGUCUGUUUUGUUCCUUGUACAGGGCACAAUUGUGCAAUUGCUCUGACCUCCAGAACUACCCAGAGCUGUGUGCACAGCCUCACAGGUGUGCGAUGCACACCCUCCCCGUGGGGAUGAGGCUGCAUUUCUCAUGACUGGUGCAUUUCUCAGCUGGAAGAGGGGUCUUGGGAACAGUGUGGCUGCUCUCUUUAGGCAGCUGCUGCAGAAGGAUGGUUUGUGGAUAGUAAAGACCCAGGCAAGAUUGUUGCAGAAAAAGAGGAAAUAAUAAGCAGGCAUUUGGGAGAGGGCACCUGUUGCAAGGAUAUUUUUCCAAAACUGAUACACUGAUUUCAUCAUGGAACUAUAGAAUGUUUGGGACUAGAAGGGAUCUCAGAGAUCCUUUAUUUCCAACCCCCUGCCAUGGGCAGGGACCUUCCACUGGCCAGCCUGGCCUCGACCACUUCCAGGGAUCCAGGAGCAGCCACAGCUGCUCUGGGCACCCUGUGCCAGGGCCUGUCCACCCUUGUAGGGAAGAAUUUCUUCCCAAUAUCCAAUCUAACCCUGCCUCUGUCAGUGUGAAGCCAUUCCCCCUUGUCCUGACACUCCAUGCCUUUGUCCAAAGUCUCCCUCCAGCUCUUUUGGAGCCCCUUUGGGGACUGGAAGGUGCUCUAAGGUCUCCUCCUCUCUUCUCCAGGCUGAUUUCCAUUUAUUCAAAAUCACAUUUUAAAACAUUUGUACUUGGAGCUCUAAGCUUGUAGCCCAGAGCUCUGUGUUUGACAACCUGCACCUACAGCCAAGAUUCAUUUCAAGAUUUCAUGCCGAGAUUGCUGACAGUCCUUAAUAACAGAUAGAAGCUGUUCCAAGAGAUCAAUAGCAGGUGCUAAGACAGCUGGAAGCACAUCAGUGGAGCAAUCACAUCUGUGAUUGCAAAAGGCAAUCAGGUCUCCUCUCUGCUUUGACCCAAGAUAUUUUUAUAAAAAAGAAAGGUUUCAUCAGACACAGAAUAUUCCUGAUGUGCUGCUCACUGAGCUGGCAUUUUCAUGACUUGGCUUAGAAGCCUGUGACCAGUUCCAGCCUCAUUAAGGGUAUAAUGUGUGUUAAUGGUCCCCAAAAUAGCUCUCUCUUGUGUCCAAACCCAUCAUUUGCCAGCGGGGGGGGCAUUACGAGAAGCAGACGCGGCUGGAGGAAUUCUGCUGGGACAAGGCACCACGUCCUGCUGUGACAGGGGAGCUGUGACAGCCUGUGAGCAGCCCACCCCUCUGCCUCCUGCGCAGCAGCCCUGGGCUCCUGGAGCUCAGUCCAUUGUUUCACUUCCAGUCCUGGAAAUAACACCUGGAAACUCAGACGUUUCCCCAAAGUAACUCCUCAGAAGGGAGCACAGGGAGAAGGGUGGGUGAGUUUGCAGGUGCUGCUUUCUGAGCAUCUUUCUGUCAGGCUGGGCUGCUCUGAGGGACAGAGGGGAUCCAGCAGCUGGAGGUCACACACAGCAGAAAAUCUCAGAGCUGCCUGUGAGAGGCUGCACAUUCUGUUUGUAAAAAAGCUUAUUUUGGUCCUUCAGCAGCCCAGGUACCCACCCUACGAUGCUCUGGCUUCCUUAGAGUAACUCCAUUCUUGCUGUACCAUGACUCCAAGCUCCUGGAAAAUGCCAAUGGGGCACAGCUGGCCCUGGCAGCACACGUGUGGGGUUGCUCUGUAUCAGCUCUCCUGAGCCUCAUAAACCACAUCAGCCCCGUUUAUUCAAUGCCCUGGAGGCUCUGAAGGAUCCUUCCACUUCUCUUCACUCUGUGGGUGUUUGAUUGCUGGGGAUGCAGUGGCUGGAGCAGCAGCCUGAUCCAUCUCUGGCAGGGUGGAAGCUGCCACACGCUUCCCCCAAAGCCUUUCAUGCAGCUACCGACUCAGAUAAUCCCUUUGGGACGAGACAAGACAUAAGAAAACAAACCCCAAAUCCCCAGAAUCACCAAGGGUCAUAAGCGUUACAAGAAAUGAAUCACUCCUGUGCAGUUUUCCCCAUGUCUGGUAAGUCCUGGAGCCUUUCCAGUGGUGCUGCUGAGCCCUCGGAAGCGAGGGAUGUCCGUGAAUGAACGUGCUGAGGGUUCAAGCAAACCCUUCUGUCCCUGCUUUGAAGUGCUUGUCUCAAGCACACUUCUAAAGAAAAAAAAAACAAUUUUUCCAAGCAUUCCUGCAUAGGUGUGUGAAAAAAGUAACUUAAACAAGCAGUAAAAUCUGGAACACACCAAGAUAAUCUGGAGUUUUGGCAGGAGGCUCAGGUGAUGUCAGGAAACAAUUCUAAACAGAAAAGUUUCUAUGGAUUUUUUUUAAUUUUUUUUUUUUAAACCUAAUUGAAAACAGAUUUUUUGCUUUGGAUUUAAAUACUUCCCUGCAGCAUCUGCAGUGUUAUCCCUGCCUUGUGCCUGUCAGGAACAGGAGGGUAUGGAGCAGAGGAGGGAAGAGCUCAGCACCCUCCUGUGGAUGUUAUUGCUACAGGUUUAGCCUGUCUUCGGACAGCCAUGCAACAUCAUUGUGACACUGCCCCAGAAUUAUUGUACAGACUUAUUUAGAUACUAAUAUUUAAAGUAUAAAUUAUUGACAAAGAUAAAAUAUAGAUUUUUAAAAAAUAUAGAAAUUAAAAAAUAUAGAUAUUAAGAUAUGGAGUUUGCCUGUAUUCAUACGGAUGCUCUUUUUUUAAUGCUGACCUUACAUCCAGGGGAAAUUAAAAAAUAUUAUUCUGAAAAAUAGUUUAAAGAUGUAAAUAAUAAAAUAUUAAUUUAUAUUAAUAAAAUAUUAAUGAAGUAUUGGUGAGCACUCCUAUAUCUUUGUCUACAGCCCUCUUUAGGUUUUUUUAACUAAAAAUCCCACAUGAUCAAAUGGAUUAGUUAAUUUAUUAGCUGCCAUAUUCCAGGUUUCCUUGUUUGUUUUUUUUUUUAUUAUUUGGGUCUUGCUUCUCACCUGUUCCCUGUUCUAAGAAAUUACACAAGCAGCAUCUAAUUAAAGAGAUCUGUCACAUUAGCAUUGUGUUAAUUGGCUUUUAAAUAAAUUGCAGCCCUGCUCCUUCCUCCGGAAGGGAAGGGAAGGGAGGCACGGCCCUGGCUGAGAGCAGGGCUGAGACCCCUCUGUGCAGGGGCAGCUGCUGCCUGGGCACUGUUCCCCACCAAACAGCAGCCUGAAUUCCCUCAGGAAUGUCUGGGAGGAGUUUCCUUGGAGCAAAGUGUUUUCUCUGUGGAAGAACCAGAGAGCGUUGUGGGAUCUGCAGAAGAAGAGUUAAUCAAUUUUAAUGUCAGUGACUGGUACGUCUCAAUCCCCAAAAGUAAAGUCACUCUGUCUCCUGAAUCUCUGUUGUGGAAAGCAGCUCCUGCACAGGUGUUUAAAGAUGUUCCCUCUCCCAAGGCUGGGAGGGGAAGAGCAGCAACACUCAGUAGUCUGUUACUGCAUUAACAGGGCUCAGUGACAUUCCCUGUGGCCCUGCUGAGGUGUGGCCAGGCCCAAUCCCACUGAGCUGCAACUCCUGCAUUCCCCAUCCCUGGAAGUGCCCAAAGCCAGGCUGGACCAGGCUCGGAGCACCUGAUCCAUUCCAAGGUGUCCCUGUCCAUGGCAGGGGGCUGGAACAAGGGCAAGAUCAGCAAGUCAGAUUAGUCCAGCUGAAAAACACUCCCUCUGCCCCCUCUGCUGGUGUCCCUGCUCCAAGGCUGAAAAAUGCUUUCCAAAACGGCAGUGGUCAGAAGUCAGGGAGCUGACAGGAGAGGGCACCCUCCCUUCACAGGCACAGCAAUCUGUGGGGUAAUAUAAUAGAAAUAUAAAAUUUACCAAUCAUCAGAAAUUGAGAUGCCUUAAAACACCAGUGCCAUGUGAAUGUUCCACGUUCCACCAAAUCAGAAUUCCUGCACUCCCCAUUCCUGCAGGUGUCCAAGGCCAGGCUGGACAGGGCUGGGAGUGACCUGGCCUAGGGGAAGGUGGCACUGCCCAUGGCAGAGGGCUUGAAUAAAAUGGCCUUUAAGGUUUCUUCCAAUCCAUUCCAGGAUUUUACAAUUCUUACACCUGAAUGGCCAAGCUGUGACUGGGAAUUGCUGGGAGUACAAACUGGGAAAGGUCAAGUACAAUGGCCUUUACUAGCAGAGAUAAUGGUGCUCCUGGGAAGGGUGGAUUUGCAAACCCAUGGAACCCAUCCACCCUCUUCAGGGGAUUCCCUGUGGAAAAUGCCACCAUGAAUUUUCCAUGUGAGGUGUGUCCUGAGUGUCACACAGCAGAGUGGCAUUCCUGCUUUUCAGUAUCAGACUUUAUCUAUCCCUGGUUAGUUAAAGGGGGAGAAAAAAAGAAAGAAGAGACAGAGAAUGUCCCUUCUUGUAGAAAAAGUAUUUAAAAUUCCAAUUCUGACAAAGAUUUCAGGGAAACACCUGUGGUUUAGGAGCUCAUUUAUUUUGGUUGCACCCUCUCAAAAAUGCACAGUCUAAUCUGGGAUUCCUGACAUGCAGCUCACUCUGUGGAAGUCAAGGUUGGCAAUGGAAAGAUUUAUUUAUGCCAAUAAAACCAAAUAUAUUUUUCCUCAUUGUUUGGGUGCCAGAUAGGGAAUAGGGGGAAAAAUUGUUCGUGUACUUUUCAGUGUUUAAAAUGAACAGGCACCAUCAGCCUCACCCCAAUAACCUGCUGGGUUAGGUUUGGUCACAGAAAUGUUACUUCAACCUGUCCCCAGUACUCUGAGGGGGUAUUUAGACACCCCAGGGACAGCUGCUCCUCUCAGUGCUCCCUGUCUCCUCCUGCAGCCCAGGCUCCCAUGCUGAAAUCAUGACACAAUGCAAGUAAGAUUCAUAUAAAGAAAAUAACCUUUAUUAGACAAAUCAAUCAAACCCUGAAAAAAGAGUGUCAGGUAAACAAUGCUAAAGGUUUUUCCAGCAAUUCAGAAACCUUUGAAACUGAGAAAUUCCAGACGUUUCAUGUUCCUCUUGUUGCAUUAGUAACUCCUCUCCCUCUUGUGACAUGAGCUAUUGCUGUCUUGACAGUCCAGAAACCUUGCAUUAACCCAGCAAUUAUCUCAAAAUAGUAACUUGUAAAAUAUUCCCUGUCUAACUGUUUCCCACGCAAUUUUGUACAAAGGUGUCAAACAUAUUUUCU